AUGUUGAUAGGCCUAUGCGGAGCCAUAUGUUCUGGAAAGCAUGCUGUCGCAGAUUAUCUGAUACAGAAGGAGGGCUUUCGACUUCUCAAAUUGAAAGAUGUCAGCUCCCUUCGAGUAACUGAUGAAGCCGACGGCGAUCGCCAAUUACAGGCACUGGAGUCUGCAGAGGAUGAAAGUAGUCCGCCACCGCACCUUAUAUUUGAGGACUCUAAAGCCCUCUUAGACUUCGUAACCAAACGAUGGCAAGAACAUUGGGUUACAACAGACAUCUGGGAUGUCACUAUCUUAGACCGUUUCUUUCAACGCCCCUUCUUCCUUCUAGUUAGCGUUGAUGCGCCGGUGAGCUUGAGAUGGAAGCGAUUUGUGGACAGAUGCCGGGAUAGACUGGUCGAACCACCGCCUUUGGAGAAAUUUGUAUUAUGGAAUGACAGACAUCUCUACGACAAAAAUGUUGGACGCGCAUACCUCACUGAUCGGGCACAAGUACGGCUGUUCAAUUCCUCUUCUUCAUUUGAUGAACUGCAUGCGGCUCUCAAAGCCCUCAAUCUUGCCGACGAGGAGCGGUUACGGCCUAAUUGGGAUCAGUAUUUCAUGGAGCUGGCAUCUUUAGCCGCUCAGCGAAGUAACUGCAUGAAGCGAAGGGUGGGCUGCGUGCUUGUCCGUGAUCGUCGUGUCAUAAGCACAGGGUAUAAUGGAACCCCCAGGCACAUUAGAAAUUGCAAUGAGGGCGGCUGUCCAAGGUGCAACCGUGGUGAGGGUGGAGGUGUGGGUUUAUCAACAUGCCUCUGCCUCCAUGCCGAAGAGAAUGCGUUGCUGGAGGCCGGAAGAGAGCGCAUACGAGAGGGUGCAAUACUCUAUUGUGACACGUGCCCUUGCUUGACAUGUACCGUCAAAAUUACACAAGUUGGGAUAACAGAAGUCGUAUACUCGCAAGGGUAUAAUAUGGAUAACGAUAGCGCUGCUAUUCUAAAAGCGGCCGGGGUAAAACUUAGGCAAUUCUCUCCGCCUCGAAAGGGGCUCAUUUAUCUUGAGAACUCUGGGGGUACUAAAUAG